UAAUAAUUUUAUAAUAAUAAGGCAACAAAAACGUAAAAUAUCUCUAGUAAUUGUAGUUUGUCGAGCAUUUUAAAUCACAUCGACACAGUGCAAUUGGUAAUGUGGUAAUUACAUUAAUCCAAGAAUAGUACAUCUUUUUAAAGUGGGAAAUAUAUCAGUGCCUUAAUACCUAAACUAGUGUGUUCUGCAGCUUGUACCUAAUUUAGAUAUUUUUAAAUGCCAUCCAAGAAUAACUUAAUUUCAUAUAAAACUGCGGGAAGUGAUACUGAUUUGCUAAAAUUACUGUGUAAUGAAUUCUAAGUUUAAAUACUGAACAAAAAUUUUUAAGCUUAGUCUAAGGUUAUGUAGUAGGAAAACAAUAUGAGUUGGCUUAAUUGUCUGUCUCGAAAAAAUCCUGAAUUUGAUGAUGUUAAAGUGUUGGAUUACAGUAGAUCAGCUUUAACUGAAGUCCCUGCAGCAGUAUUUAACUUUGAACGUACAUUGGAUUGCUUAUACCUUGAUGGGAAUAAGAUCUGUGAUUUGCCACGCACCCUCUUUCAGUGUGAGGAAUUACGUUACCUCAACCUUAGUGAUAAUGAAAUACAUGUUAUCCCACCAUUAAUCGUUAAACUUAGCAAUUUACAACAUCUAGACCUUAGCAGAAAUUAUCUAAAGCACAUAAGUAUACCAGCAAACAUCCAUAGGUGUCAAAAAUUAACUGUGUUGGAUUUAAGUUCAAAUAAUUUAGAGAAAAUUCCUGAAUGUCUUACGUGUCUUGUCAGUCUGCAAAAGCUUUUCUUAAAUGACACAUCUAUUGACUUUUUCCCUGCAACUAUUGGAAGACUGAAUAAUCUGCACAUUUUAGAGCUACGAGAUAACAUGUUGUCUAUGUUACCAAAAUCAUUAAAGAGACUGACCAGUCUACAAAGACUUGAUCUAAGUAAUAAUGAUUUCUGUGAGUUGCCUGAAGUCAUUCACACCUUAACAAGUUUGACUGAACUGUGGGUAAAUGGUAACUGUAUGAAAGUAUUACAACCAGAUGUGGGCAACUUAAGAAAGUUGAUGUAUUUUGAUGGCUCAAAUAACGAAAUUGAAAGUAUACCAAAGGAAAUAUGCUUUUGGUCAAACAUCACAUAUCUUGCUUUAAGUGAAAAUCUUUUAAAAGAAAUUCCACCAGAGAUUUGUAAAUUGAGGCAAUUAGAAACAUUAAAAUUGGAUCAUAAUUAUCUCCAAAGUCUUCCUGAAAAUAUUGGAAAUUUAAAAAAUCUGGAAGAUUUGGAUGUCAGGUUCAAUAAUCUUAAAUCUUUACCAAGUUCUAUUGGUAUGCUUAGGAAAUUGAACUGCCUCAUAGCUUCCAAUAAUUAUAUUACAUAUUUACCUCCAGAAAUUGGCAGCUGCUCAGGCUUACGAAUUUUGAAUUUAGACGUUAAUUUUAUAGUGCAAUUGCCACAAGAGAUAGGGCAUAUACAAAAUCUAGUUUCUGUUAGCUUAGUUAAUAAUCAGUUGCAGUUUUUACCAAUAACUGUGUUGAAAUUAAGCAAAUUGAGAGCCCUUUGGUUGUCACAAAAUCAAAAUCAACCAUUGAUAUCAUUACAAAAAGAAAGGAUGGACAAUGGACAAAUGGUUCUUACUUGCAUAUUUCUACCACAAGCUGUGGCAUCCCCUGUGCACAAUACUCAGUUAGUAUAUCCUUCUCCAAACAGAAGAAAAAUAUGUUUCACAGAACCAGGAGUACAAAAGGAAUUUGCCCCGCAUUUGACCCGUGCUCCUACACCGUACCCUAAAGACUAUCAGCGUUACCGCAAAUCUGUAGCAAACAUUUUAAAAAAACAGAAAGACGUAGACCAUACAAAUUUACGGGACUUGAACGCUCCUGUUGUUAAAGAGGCUGUAGUUGCGUCAGCUAAAGUAUCAGAUGAGGAUAAUCAAUAUAAUUUGAUUGUAUCACCACCAGAAAGUAAUAACUCUGAACAAAUUUACUCCAAAAAAAUGUUCAAUGAUAACUAUUACAAAUAUGGAAGGAAUACUGACGUAGAAGACUCGGGAAUCGAAGACAAAGUUAAUAAAAACGAUACCCCAAGUAUAGAAAUAGCAAUAAAUAAUGACGAACAAUCAUCGAACAACAGGGCAUCUGAAAAAGAUGAUUGUGAUAAUCAUAAUUGCUACGAAAAUUCGAGGGUAAUGUUCGCAGAUGAAUCAAAUCUUACUAACUACAACACUAAAAGAAAUGUACAUAUACCUGAACUGAAGUCUUCUCCUCCAAAGGACCAGUUAAUCAACAUUAGUACAUCCCAAACUGAUCAGAAUCAAAAUUUUUCAAACAGCGCUACUGUUUAUAAUACAGAAAAAGUUGUGGAGCAAUCUUCAAGUAAAACGUAUCACGAUGACAAGCUCUCAUAUGAAAAUAUUAGCUCUAUUAAUCGUCCUUUGCAAAUAUACGGUCACGAAACGCCUACAAAUACGCCGAAAUGUGAAAAUCGUCUUCCCGAGCCCCCUUUCCAGAUAGCUGAUUACAGCUUAAGAAAAGAAAUAAAGCCUCCUCCUUACCACAUUGCCGCAGCAUAUUCAAAAAACGCUCAUUUCUUUAACGAUAUUGCUAAGCAAUUCCCAGGUGCCAUUGUAAAACACCAAACAAUAGAAGAAAAACCAAAGCAUUUCACUCAAGAUCAGCCUUCAAAUAUUAUUAUGCCCCAGCCACAACAUCCUCUACGGUUAACACAAGAUGAGGGUAAUUCCAGAAUAGACAACUUAUCUUUUCCCGAGUCUAAUCUUAAUAACGAAGGUUCCCAAAUAAAUAAAUCAAACUUAGACCAAUUAAACGAAAAUAUUUGCAAUGAGGCAACAGAAAAGGAAAAUUUGAAUUCGAAACUUGGUUCUGAAACUGUUUGGAACGAUAAUAAAAGUUAUAAAAGUGCCACUGAAUACUCAGAUAAAAAUAAUCAAUUACAGGGUUGGAUAUUUGGUAAACAUCGUAAUAAAAGAAUUUUGGAAUGUCCAGUUACUCCAACACAACAUCUUGGAUUUGAAUAUGCAGCUAGUAAUGAGGGACUAUUUGUAACGAAUGUCAUAGAUAAGUACAAUAAGGGAAGUAUAAUGGUUGGGGAUAAAAUACUUAUGGUUGAUGAUUUCGAUCUAACGAUGUAUCCCGUAAGUAAUUCCGCAAAGUACCUCACGGAAGCUGGUCCAGGUGCUGAGAAAUUUUUAGUUUCAAGAGAGUGACGAAUUUUGUAACGUUUGUAAGAAAUUUUACCUCUUAGUUUUGUUGUAUAUAUAUUACACAGUUAGUAUUUUACAUGUUUUAGGAAAAACAAGUUGUGUUUGCAAAUAUUAGAAUAUUACUUAACAUUUUUGAAGUAUUGAAUUGCUGUUAUAUAUUUAUAUUUUUUUUAUAACUUU